AUGCUAGGGGUCGUUCAGCUCGGACUGUUAGCCGCCUGCGUUGUUCUGUUUGUUCCCAUGGGUAUGGCCGGCUGGCACUUGAGCCGCAAUAAGAUGCUAUUCUUCAGCUGCGCCCUCUUCAUCACCCUCGCCGUCGGCGUGCAUCUCACGCCCUAUUUUCCUUCAAUUUCCGCUUUCCUCUCCGCAUCCGAGGUAAUAAUUUCCACGCCGGCUAUUUUGUAUCAUGAUUCCUGCGUGCUUUUGCUUCAUAGAGUUGUGUAUAAAGAUGUUAGGGAAUGUGAUGUUGAUUCCAAUUUUGAUGAUAUCGAAAGUGUUUGUAAGAGGUCGUGGGAUUGGAUUAGGAACGGUGAGAUUGAUGAGUGUGAGUUUCAGAAGUUGAAGAAAUCCGAUGCGUCAGAUUUGUUGAACGGAUCGUGGGUGGUUGUUGCCGGGGACUCGCAGUCGAGAUUGAUGGUUGUUUCUUUGUUGGAGUUGAUUAUGGGGUCUGAGGGUGUGGAGAAGGUUAAAGGGGAUUUGUUCAAGAGGCACAGUGAUUACUCGGUGAUGGUGGAGGAGAUCGGGAUGCGAUUGGAUUUCGUUUGGGCUCCCUACGUUGCGAAUUUAACUCAAUUGACGUUGAGGUAUAAGGGAAGUAAGGAUUUCCCAGACAUCUUGAUGAUGGGGGCGGGCUUGUGGGACAUGCUGCACGUGAACAAUGUGACGGAGUUUGGUGUAUCGCUGCGGGUUUUGAGGGAUAAUGUGUUGGCUCUUUUGCCAGUUUCUUCGAGUUUGGAUGCUGGCGGUGGAGGGGUGAGUGAGCCUAAAGCCUCUCACCUUUUGCAUUUGUUUUGGGUUGGGAUGCCGACGCUGAUAACAUCGAUGUUGAACACUGCUGAGAAGAAGGAAAGAAUGACCACUGCAAUGUACAGUUCUUAUGAUAACGAGCUUGCUGGAAGUAAUCUCUUGCGCCAAUCAGGCAGUCCCCUUUUGAAACUCGAUAUUGGUUUGUUAAGUGAAUUUUGUGGCCCUCGCUGUACAUCUGAUGGAAUGCAUUAUGAUGAAGUUGUCUAUAAUACUGCCCUUCAAAUAAUGUUGAACGCAUUGCUCAUUGAAUCUAAUCAGAAACCCCAGUGA